UGUAAUUUGAAACUAGAGGAAAGAGAAAACAGGGUGGGGAGAGUAUUCUCUCAUCUGUACUAGAUUUUUAAAUGUCUGGAGAAGGAAGGAAGUCAAGGCAGGGUGGAAGCUUUCUUUCUCUAAGCCCCAGGCCGUUACAGCACAGGCCCCACUGAGCCAGAAAUCAGAGUGGAGGAGUCCUGAGAUGGGGAGUUUGGCGGGGUCCGCGCGGCUUGCUGGGCUGUGCCUGAGCAGCCAAGGGGAAGCAAAAAAUGGAGAAAAAAGGCCACAGAGGACUCAACCGUGAAAGGUUUCCUGUUGCCUUUCAAGACAAGGCAUGGUACCCAGACUCAGUUCUCGAUUCUGAUACAGGACUCAGCUGCUAUUCUGCUUCUGGGACUGGACUGCAGAGUAAUAAAUGUGAGAACUGCAGCACUAAGAUUCAUAACUCCCAGAGAGUCUGUGGUAAAGCAUCAUCUAAAGAAUUUCAUUACAUAUUCAACACCCUGGGACAGAAUUUCUUUAAUCACAGCAAAAGAAGUGCCUUUGCGCAGCUCCGCUAUUUAAAUGAAAAUAAAAAUUCUUCACCUUUUCAGACCUUGCUACACCCUCACCCCAUUCCCACUCCUGCAGGAUUUCUGAAAGCACAUCCUCAAGCAACUUUACCGGUAUGGAAGAAACGGAAUCUGAGCAGAAGCGAGAUGAUGAAGGGAACGUCAUCAUUUGGAAAGCGUCGGAAUAAGAUGCACAUGUUGUGCCACCACUGCGGUUCUACGGCCUACCACCUUCAGAAGUCGACCUGUGGCAAAUGUGGCUACCCUGGCAAGCGGAAGAGAAAGUAUAACUGGAGUGCUAAAGCUAAAAGACGAAGUACCACCCGGACUAGUCGAGUGAGGCACCUAAAAAUUGUAUACCGCAGAUUCAGGCAUGGGUUCCGUGAAGGAAAAACACCUAAGUCCAAGAGGGCAGCUGUUGCAGCAACCAGUUCAUCUUAAGGACUUCAAUGACUAGUCGUACAAUAAAUGUUCUGGUUUUAAAUAAAAAAAUUAAAUUAAAUUAAAAAGCCAAAAUUGAUAGAAGUGGAGGAUACAAUGUUGGUUGCCAGGGAAUGGGUGGACAGGAAAAAGAGGCAAAGUUGUUCAAAGGGCACAAAGUUUCAACUAUGCAAGAUGAGUAAGUUCUAGAGACCUAAUGUACAGCAUGGUAACUAUAGUUAACAAAACUGUACUGUAUAUUUGAAAUAUGCUAAGAGGAUAGAUCUUAAAUUAAGUCUUUAUGCCACAAAAGAAAGAAAAGAAAAAAAAGGAAAAAAAGAAAAUGGUAAUUAUGGAUAUAUUAACUAGUUUGUGGUGAUUUCCCAGUGUAUAUGUAUUAAAACAUCAAGUUGUAUACCCUAAAAAUAUACAUUAUGAAGUCAACUGUAACUCAAUAAUGCUGUUAAAAAAAAAAAAUAGAGAGAGCCACCUGGGUUUCAACUCUGAUUCUGCUUCUUUUUAAUUCUCUACAAUUUUUAGCAAGUUACUUAACCUCUCUCUAAACCUAAAGGGUUGUUUUCAAGAUUAAAUGAAAUAAUGUACAGAAUACACUAAGUAUGGAAUCUUGUACUAGGAAAGCACUAAACAAAUAGAACUACAAUUUCUACUACUUCCCCCCUUAGAUUGCUCUAGAUCUGCGCACUGGCCAAGAUAGCAGAGGCUACUGAAAUUUAAAUAGCCACAUGAGGCUAUUUAAAUUUAAAUUAACUAAAAUUAAAAAUUCAGUUUCUCAGUCAUGAUAUGUGGCUAGUGGUUAUCAUAUAGGACAGUGCAGAUAUAGGACAUUUCCAUCACUGCAAGAAAGUUGUAUUGGGUAGCACUGCCCUAGGUCAUAGAAAUCACUAUUUUUGUUCCCAUACCCCACUGGUAAAAAUUCUGAGCUUCUAUUUGAAAAGUAAAUAAAUAUUUUAAAAUAAACACGU